GGCCAGUGGACAGACUUGAGGGAAAUCUCUUUUGCUUUGUGUGUGAACUAGAGGAGAAUGGCAUUCGGGUUAGAUUUUACUGGCGGCAAUGCUUCUGAGAUGAACACGUUUUACUCGGGACAUUACUGGUCCUCUACGUGCCUGGAUAUGAACAACAACGACGAUUACGCACGGGACUCCAGCAGAGUGCAUCAUGAUGCGCCCCGCAGGACGCGCUCGGACACCCAGCGCCGCCGGAAGCGCACGACUUUCAGCAAGGCGCAGCUAAGCGAGCUGGAGAGGGCCUUCUCUGUCACACAGUACCCGGACAUUAAAAUGAAGGAGUCUCUUGCCUCCAUAACUGGGCUACCGGAGUCUAAAAUUCAGGUCUGGUUUCAAAAUCGACGAGCACGCUUUUUCAAGAGCAAGAAGCCAACCAGAAAGGCCCCCAAACCCUCCACAGACUACCUUCAUCCGCAGUUCUCCUACACUCCGACUCCCAGUCCCCCGUUCCCCGAGUUGGCUCCUUUCUUCCCUCCUCCCAGCCUGCCGUCCCCACCAGGCUACCCUGCUCCAAGUUUACCUCAGUCCACCAGGCUCUCAUCCAUCCUGGAGAGUCAGGCCAUGUCCUUGUCCGCGCCUACAUCCCCUGUCGCCGCAGACCAAGCUACAUCCUGCACCGCGCACGGACCGGGUCUCCCAGGAGUUCCCCAAGACCAUUACUACCAAACCCCAGACUUCACUGAUUACUGCCAUGAUGUGUUUCCGCACAGCGGGCUCAGUGAAUGGGAUUUGACAGAGGACUUUGAGGCUUUCCUCGGAGAUGCACAGGGAUCCCAGCCUGUGGGUAGCCGCUGCGCUGCAGUCGGACAUCCUGGACUCAAGGAGAGUAACCAGAGUCAGCUGGACCACCAAGACUUCUCCAGCACUGACGAGCCCAUGGGCGACCUGUCCGAUCUGUGCCUUCAGGACCUGGGCGACUUCAACCUGUCGGAGUUGGACAUUUCUGCGGCAAUGAUUGAUUAUCUUUUGGGGUGACUGGUAAAAGAAGAUCCUAUGUUUUUCGAAGACAGAUACAUAUUUAAGACCACAUUGUACAUAGGCUUAGUAGCCUAGCCUAUAGAGUAUUUAUGGUGAGAUUGUCCUGAAGAAGGACUUUCUCAUGUGAAUUAAAUGUAUAGAACUAUUCAGAUACAUAUUGUAGAGUUUUACAUGAGCAGUACAAAUAAAACAAAA